GCGAACCCAGAUUCGUCCCUGUCAGCUGUGAGGGGUUACAUCAGCUCAGGCAAGCGCCUUACAGUCAUGAGAAAGGACAGAGGUGCUGGCAGUGACCUUCUGUUUUCUGGCCUCUUCUUGGGCAACACGCGGUUGCUAGAUCCUACUGUGAAGCUGGUGCAGGACAACCCCUGUCUGACAGAGCUCAUCACCUCAGUGCUGGCAUUGCCAGAGCCCAGUCCGAGCAUCCUCUCCUUUACUCUGCGGUUAGCUGGGAUACUUGCCGCUUCCGAAAACCGCUUCCAACACUUGCAGCAGGAGAAGCUGUUGGUCAGGCUCUUUGGCAGGGAUGGGCCUCUGAACGGCGCAGUGUGGGAAGAUGCAUCUGUGCGAAGUGGCUGGGUGGAGGGUGUGCACAGCAUGAUGCAUCACCAGCCUGCCCUCCACUUCCUCUGCAAUGGUGGAGGCAUAGAUGUGAUCUUCACUCUGCAAGGGGAUCCCAGCCUGUUUGUGGCUUCAGCUGCCAGUCAGCUUCUGGUGCACAUGCUCACCCUCUCUGUAGAGUCUGAAACGACUAAACCUCUCAGUACAAAGGACUGUGACUGGCCAGCGUGUGCCCAAAUGAUUAUAAAGCGUAUAGAAGAUUCCCUUCAGUCCAGCUCUGCCUCUCACAUCGAGCAGUCGUUAAAACUGUUAACUAGUUUGUUUGGCAGUUGUCGUGCUACGUGGACUGAAGUACUUUGGUUAGGCAUAGCAAAGCAAAUAGAAUCCUUUUUGACGGAAGAGACUGUUCAAGCACAGCACAUGCUGGCGAAUCUUUUGCUUAACAUGGCAUGGUCCCCUGUGUUUUGUGACACUGAAGGCAAUUUUUGGGCAUUAGUGACUUCUGCUCUGGAACACUUAACCCCAGUACAAGCGGGUCCUUUGGCAGUGGGAAUUCUGAGGCUCUACAAAUGCCCACAAGAUGUGAGGAUUCAGGCACUGACUGUUCUACUUCAGCCAAUGGACUGUAUUUUGAGAGCAGCCUCCCAGCCUCUGGAAUAUGCAGGUUUGCUGGAUGAGUCUGUUAGUGAUCCCAUCACUGUUGAAAGUCUUCUGUCCUCCAAGUCAUCUUGUGCUAGUCUCCUGUGUCAGACCCUCGCUCAUCUGGAGGAGCUGCUGUCUCUGAUUCGUUUGCCAGUGGAUUUACCCUAUACAUCUUUGCUACGCUCUCUCAUGACAAUAUUACAAUUCUGUAAUGGCUUCCUGAGUCCAGCGUCUCCUCUGGGAAGCACAAUAAGCCGAAUCUUGAUCAAUUCCUUCAGAGUACAGAGGUCAGCUCUUGAUGUCCUAGCAGCACUCUCGGAGCGAAAAGGCUGCGACACACUCAUAGGAAGUCUAUUUGACGUCCUUCUGGCAUACCUGGAGAGUCCAAACACCACCCCUACUGUUCUAAAGAAAACAUUUCAAGCUACAUCCAAGUGGUUGGUGCGCUUGCAGGAACUGUCCUGCUCCAACAGUCAGUGGCAACAAGCUGAGAAGAUUUUGGAAGAUGUGUUUCUGGUGCUGCAGAAGCGUUUGUGCAGUCCCUGCUGGGAAGUAAGAGAUUCUUCUCUGGAGUUCCUCACUGUCCUGAUUAAAUACUGGAGAGACCAGGAUGAGUUCAGGCAGUCUCUCCUGUCUUCGGAGGUGCCAAGGCUUACAGAAAAUCUUCUUGAGGAUCCAGAAAGCUACGUGCGAGCGAGUGCUGUGACUGCUGUGGGACACUUGGCCUUCAUUACUUACUUUGCUCCAGAGUCACCUGUCAUAGGGAAUCAGUAUAAUAAAGAGAACACUGUAGCAAAGCUUCAAGAAAUCUUGUCAACAGACCCAGAGGGCUUUCCUAGAAGGGCUGUGAUCAGCAUCUUCACCAAGUGGCUGAGACAAGGCUGCACAGGUCAGCUGGAAGAUACAGAGCAGUUUGUCUCUAGAGUGAUCCAAAUUGUGGAGCAUGACUUAGACUGGGAAGUCAGACUUGGUGGUUUGGAACUGGUUGAAGUUUUCUGCAUUCAUACAAUUUGCCAACUUGGCCUUCCUAAAUGCCCAUAUGCUCCUGUCUCAUCUGCAGUCACUAGUUCCAUUCAUCAGAAUGAGUCGCUGCAGAUAUUUUGCCGAGCAAAACUGUUCAGCUUUUUGUUUCGGUCUUUGUGUGACUGUGACAAACCAGUAGGUCAGAGAGCCUGUCAUAUACUGCUUGUCUUAAGAGGUAAUUUCUAUCCAAUUAGUCCCUUGAAGGAUUCACAAGAGGCUGGAGAUUCAUCUGCAGGACAUGGCAUUGCCUGGUUACAAAGGACACUAAGGCAAGGUUCUCUGGCCCAGAACUUCCCCACAGAUGGUGGUAAUGGGGUGGAUUUUCAAGAUCCAGAGAGCAUGAUGCUAGCUUUGGGUACAAUAGACUUAGAAGAGCUACAUGAUGAACUAAAUAAAAGUAGUGACCAUGUGGAGAAAAGCCCUCAGUCCCUCUUAGAGGACAUCCUUGCUACUGUGGGGACCACAGAGGAGAAUGAAGCUGACUGUUACUGA